AUGCCGACGAAGAAACCAGCUCUUGCCCCAACCGAAAUGCCCACGUUCUAUCCAACCGAAUACCCGACAAUAGUACUGUCAAAGAAUACACAUGUAGCCCCAACUGGAAAUCCCACGCUGAUGGGUGUAGCCGAAUCAACCUCUAUACCACCCACAACCACGCAACAUCCCAAUCAGAGCUCCCAGGCCCACGACCCUGCAAUCAUCACACCUUCACAUGAACCAACAACGACGUCUUUACCACCUCCCAGUGCUUCGCCAUCAGUGGCACCAUCUGAAAUACUGACAACGAGUCCAUCGGGUUCCCCAUCCCUGACAGAUUCAGCACUGCCUACAUCUUGGCCAUCGCUAUUUCCUUCCUCUGUUCCUUCGAAGAGUCUGAAGCCAUCUAUACAGGAAUCAGAACGGCCGAGUGCAAGUCUACUGCCAUCAGCUGUCCCUAGUUCAACGCUAACUCAAUACCCAUCGGCUGAGCAUUCGGAUGGACCAUCGCAAAUGCCUUCGAUAAGACCAAGCACCACUGUGACUCCAUCAGGAAUACCAACCGCUUCAGGUUUUCCGACACUUGAUCCAUCUAGACCACCGUCAGAUAUGCCAAGUUUAACUCCCAGCACAAGUGGCCCAUCGUCUUCUCCAAGUACAAUACCAUCGAGUCAGCCAAGCUAUAUACCCAGUCUCGAACCAUCACAAUCUCCUUCAACGAUACCGUCUAGCUCCCCGACACUGACUUGUCAUGAUAAGGCGGACUAUCGGAGCCCGAUCAACGGAUUGACGUGCCUUGACCACACUGGAACUGAGUGUUACCAAUGGCGUAAUAUCGGUUUGAAUACCAGUGCACUUGGUGAUUUGAUCAACAACUGCCCGGAAACAUGCAACAUCCCGUGUGGAUCCUUCCUUGAUUUCUCGAUACCCGUGAGCUAUCAAUUGACAGGGCUUCCAGGAUUACUCGAUGAUUUGUCGAAACUCAGCUUGGAACAGGUAUCCUCCGACUAUAUUAUAGCCUACCUCUCCGAUGCUUCAGAAGAAAUAUUUGAGCUGGACACAGUGGAACUGAAGUCGCAAAGCUUUGCAACGCAUGAACGAUUACUCCGACGAAGCCUUCAAGCAAUCCACCAACAAGCAAAAGCAACCAGUCAGAGAGUCAUACGAAAGGAGAUAGUGGUGGUCACUGUUGUUUUUGAUGGAUUCUCCAUUGGUCUGGACUAUGAAACUAUAUCUGAAAUAUUGGUAUCAGGCAUCCAGAGCACAGGUUUUGCACUUGCGCUUCAAGAGUCUGAUCCCUUUUUCAAGAAAGCGGUCAUUUCCUCUGCGGUAGACACCAAGGAUACUACUAUCCACGAGCCGGUUGAUGAAGAACGGGAAGGGCCUUCCUCGGCAACGGUCCUUGUGUCAAUUUUGGGCGUGAUUGGUCUUGUGACCGCCCUCAUGUUUGCCAUUGCGAAUCGCGAAAGAUUAAAAGAUUGGUGGAUCCAGAAGAGAUUGGAGCGAAGCAAUUCAUCAGACCUCGACGCUUCCUACCAAGGCCGCCCUCGCAUUGUUUCGAUCGAUAUGAUAGCUCGUGGCAUCCCAGAGAGUAACUUUGAAAGAGUACUAUCUAGGAUGAAAACCAUCAUUGCGCGACUACGACCAAAUGUAUCGGACGGUCUUCAAAAGAUGUAUGGAGCAUCCUCUCCGCCUCAAAACUCUGCUUCUCAAGCAUCGCGUCUUUCGCAUCAAGGAAGUCCAAACAAUGUAGCAAGUCUGCUUUCGUUUGAUGCCUCAGCCAGCAACAGCAUACGUCGUCUCAUCACAUCAAUCACACCCACAGGCAGCAAGUCGUCUACUGAACCUGACGAUUCUAGCGGGAGCUUGGGAAAAGAACAGAAACCGUUUGACCCGCUUCGUAUUGCUUCCCCAAUGAGUGAAGUUUCCGAAGAGUCGAAUGAACCUGAACACCCCUUAUCCAAGGUCAUCCCUCCAAUGAUUGUCAUCGACAACAUUGAGGAUGAUACGACUUCGGGAGAGGUGGGUAAGACAAGAGAGCAGAACAUGGUACCUGGCAGGUGUGUCCAAGCAUCAAACGAAAUCAAAUUUGCAUUGACAGAUCGAUCAACUGCGCCAGUCAUGAUGUUCAACUUUCCUGAGCUCAAUGCAUGGCAGAACUAUGACGAGCUUCCACGUUCGCUAUCGCCAAUUGGACUUAUGGAUAGCGAAAGUGAAGCUGGAACUUCCUGUGCAUCUACCCCUGCCAAUAGCAUCACACAGAUAGCAGAGAUAUCUCGGUUUGGAGUUUUAGGCGGCCAUGAGUUUGAGACAGAUGACCCACCGGUCUUUUCGCCAUUGCAUCUGUCCUCGAGUGCAUCAGAAACAACCUUCGACUUUGCAGUAGAUGCUGCAGAUGAUGUUUCGAUUGAGCUGAUGGCCCGGCAAUCAAGCUCUGAAGAGAAUUCAGGCCACGAGAUGAGAGUUGGUUCAGGCCAUGAGAGAGUUGGACUCAUAAAUUCAAUAUGGGCAAUGAGUCCUAGCAGCGCCAUGAAGGGGACCUUAAUGUCGACAAAGAAAGCAGCAAGUGUCAAGUCGAACUUAUUUAAGCGGCGAUUCUCAAACUCAAGUGAUCGUGCCCUCGAUUCACCUAGUGAUGUUGCCAAAAGCGGAUCUCCGAGGGAAGAGUGUAGUCGAUUCAUGUUCGAGGCACCAAGAACAAGCAAGCUGGGACUAGAAAUCGAUUCUAGGGAUGACUCCGGGCCAUUUGUGCACUCAGUAAAGGACUACUCGCCAUUGUUUGGUCAAAUAAAGUCAGGGGACAAAAUUUGCGAAAUCGAUGGACAGAAUCAGCAAGGGAGCAAUCCUCGUGAAGUAAUGCAGCUCUUGUCGGCGAAACAUCGCCGAAGAGUAAGUAGUGGCAAUAUGAAAAUAGUCGUGGAACGGUUGGCUUCGAACAACUCCAAGCCACCAAACUCAAGAAGUGACACCAACUUCGAGUUUUCCACCGAAGGCACCUCGAAUCAGAACUACGAGGGCACCGGUAGCAUGAUCUCUUCCAUUCUUUGGUCACACGAUAUCGAUUAA